AUGUAUUAUCACUAUAACAUUUUGCAUAAAAACUAUGAAAUAAAACUUAAUGAAACAAUACAAGGAACCGAUUUAAAAGAGAAGUUCCCCUCUUUAGAAGAAUUAAUGAAAAAUUUAGAUAAAUUACCGGCUAAAAUAAGAGAAGAUGUUCGUUUUUUUGGUGGCGGAUUGAUAAAUCAUAAUUUCUUUUUCACUCACUUGACUGAGCCGAAUGAAAAGAAUGAAGAAAAAAUCAGUUCAGAGUUGUUAGAAGCCAUCGAAAAGGAGUUUACUAGUUUGGAAAAUUUAAAGAGAGAGUUAGUAAAAAGUGCUUUGAGGGUUCGAGGAAGUGGCUGGACUUGCGAGGAAGUGUUGUAUAAAUUUCUUAACCCAUCUAUCUUGGAUAACGACGACCUUUUAGAUCCCUUAAAUAAUAAUCCUCUUAUCGAUUCCUUUAAUUUCAUUUCCCCUUUUAAAAAUGACUAUGUUAUAAGGUUUUAUAGAAGAAAAAAAGAAAAAUAUGAUAAAUUAAAGAAAAAGGCUCAAGAAGUCGGGAGACUAGAAAAAGAAUUAAAAGGAGCAACAGAAGCAGCCGGAGAUCUUUUUUCUAGUCAACUAAGUUUUUACCGAAAUCAAUAUAAAGAGUCAUUUGACGAACUAGAAGCAAAGAUAGGAGAAGUUCACAGGAAAAUAGUAAUUCAAAACCUCCAAACUGAUAAAACUCGAUUACAGCAAGAAAAAGAAGAGCAACAAAAAAAAAUCAGUAGGAAAAAUAUCACCAUUAAUAAUAAAUAUGCUGAAAUCUUUCAACUAAAAACAGAGAAAGAAAGUUUAGAAAGUAAUCUCGUUACUGAAAGAGAGCAAAAAGAGAAAAAAAGCGAAGAUUAUAACUCUCUAAACACUUCUUAUCAGAAAUUACAAAAGAGAGAAAAAGAACUCUUGGCCGAAAUAAAACGCUUAAAAAAUCCUCCACGUUCCGAAGACAAAGAAAAUAUAAGUAAGGAAAUUAUUCUUAAAAACUUGAAAGAAAUCGCCGAAGUGCUUUCCGUUAGCCCGGAGAAAGUGGAAGAAUUCCAAACCCUUUCGGCUGAGAAGUUGGAAGUAGCAAGGAAUAAUUUAGUAAAAAGCAAGUUUAUGGAAAAAUUAGAAAAGUUAGAUUUAAUUAAAAAAGAAAAGGAAGGUGAAUUAGAGAAAAUUUUUCCGCCUGAGGACCGGGAAAACGAGGAAUCUUUUGAAAAAGAAAACAAAAAAUUUACUAGUCUGUUGAGCGAAGAACAAAAAAAGGUAUUUUAUUUGGCGGUAAGGGAUAGAAAAAGUAUUUUCUUUACUGGAGCAGCUGGCACCGGGAAGAGUUUUUUGCUAAAAAGGAUAAUCGAAGCCCUUAGAUUACAUUAUGGAAAAGAAAAAGUAGCGGUCACUGCUCUGACUGGAAUUGCUGCUGUCAAUAUAAACGGCACUACUCUCCACUCUUUUUCCGGAAUUGGUUUAGGUAAUAGUUCUUUGCCUGAUUUAAUUAAAAAAAUCCAAGAAUCGAAAAGAGAUCAAAAAAGUAAAUUAAUUAAACUCCUUAAUGAAGUUCGGUUUGGCAAAAUUUCGCCUUCUGGGUUGGAAGUGAUGAAAGAAUUGGAGGCAGAGCCUGACUAUCCAGAUGAUGGUAUUAAAGCAAUUCAAUUAUCAGCCACUAAUGAGGAGCAAGAAUUCAAGUAUUUGCAAGUUGUUGGUUUUGAUAGAAACCACGUGAUGCUUGCUCAUCCCAAAGUAAGUGAUUUUUAUCGAGGUUUACUUGAAAAACAAAUGGGGACGAAGGAUAUCAUGUUUGAGGAAAAAGUUAUUUCUAUUAGAAAAGAUAACAUACCGUCAGAGGAGUUCCUUGAUAAAUCAGAGAAAGCAAAUAGUAUGGGAGCAUGGCUCGAACGGCUUAGGCGAACGACUGUAGAUCGUUUUUAUGGAGGUUCGAAUCCUUCUGCUCCCACCAUUUUAAAGAGUAAUUCGGAUGGAGAACAUUUUUUAAAGGAAGGUAUGGAAGAAAAAAAACUAGAAGAGUCGGAAAUUAUUCUUUUAAUUGACAAAUCUUUAAAAGAGAAAGCAGAGGAGAAACUAAAUAACUCUCGCGAAGAGAAAGAAAGUGAAAGAGUAGAUGUUUUCUUACCGGGGAAAAAAUUUGCUUUUGCUAAUCUUCAUCCUCUAACUCAAAUUAUUCAAAAAAUUUAUAGUAUUUUAAUUCCUUUAGGUUACCAGAUUGCCGAAGGUCCAGAAGUAGAGAAUGAAGAAUAUAACUUUAAUAAAUUAAAUAUGCCCUCUGAACAUCCGGCUCGGGGCAUGCAUGAUACUUUUUAUUUGGACACUAAUUUCCUUCUUCGCACUCAUACUUCUAAUACUCAAAUAAGAGUUAUGGAAAAGAAUCCUAAUCGAGGGUUAAAGAUUGUUACUGCUGGUAAAGUUUAUCGACGUGAUGAAGAUGAUGCAACUCACACUCACCAGUUUACCCAAAUUGAGGGAUUUGCGGUUGGUCGAGAUAUCUCUUUUUCUCACUUAAAAGGCACUCUCGAAAUAGUUUUAAAGGAAUUGUUUAGUCCUAAACAUCCAAUUCGUUUCCGCCCUUCUUAUUUUCCUUUUACUGAGCCGAGUGUAGAAGUGGAUGCUAAAUGUAUCCAAUGCCGAGGUUCUGGUUGUAAUAUUUGUAAAAAAACCGGCUGGGUAGAGAUAUUAGGAGCCGGUUUGAUUCACCCCCAAGUGUUAAAGAAUUGUGGAUUUGAUAGUCAAAAGUUUACAGGUUUUGCUUUUGGAUUAGGAGUGGAGAGAUUAUUGAUGAUUGAAUAUGGAGUAGAGGAUAUCCGCCAUUUUUAUAACAAUGAUGUCCGAUUUUUGAAACAGUUUAGGAAAUUUUAG